CUGUCUCUCUCCCCGAUAUGAUAUGUUGAUAGGAACUGGAGUCGCCCGCGCUACUUUCCGAUUGCCAGUUGAAACGCAUUAGCGGCUCUCUCCCUUGAUUAUAAGAAGCGCAGACGGGGAGUCAGGGCGCGCUAUGGCCUCUAAAGAGAACACCGCUGAAGGUUUCUUUCACGUCAGCAAGGAAAAUACAGAGAGCAUCAGGAGGCUCAUUGAUAAACAAUCUAUCAAGUUUGUGCGAGCUGUAAAGCAGGACACCAAGCACGGCAAAUCAGAGGACAGGAUACUGGUUCUGGCAACAUGGCGAAUGUAUCUAUUUGCUGUCAAAGUCCCCACCAAGGUGGAGGUUACUUUCAACUUCCUGGAAAUUCGAGCAAUGAACACUUAUCCAGAUCAUCAGGUUGUCAUAGACACAGACAAAUCGACCCACUCCUUGAGACUGCAGUCACAAGACAACCUUGAUCACAUGAUGAACCAUAUCAACUUUGCCCUCUCACGAAUAUUCAAUAACUCCAUGUAUGCUCCGACCAUCUGCCGAGCAGAGGGGGACGUCUCUGAUGGAGUCCUCCAGUUUUCACCAAACUCUGAAUCGUCUGUAGAGACUCAGAGAACCUGUGGCGGUUUCUCUGAGACCUACGCAGCUCUGUGCGACUAUAACGGCAUCGGCUGUAAGGAGGAAGUGCAGUGGGAUGUGGACACUAUCUAUCACUCUCAGGACAACAGGGAGUUCAACCUGCUGGACUUCAGCCACCUGGACAGCAGGGAUCUGGCGGUAAUUGUGGCUUCCAUGGCGUACAACACUUGGUUCACCAAACUCUACUGCACAGACAUGCGCAUUGGGUCAGAGGUGGUGGAGCAGGUCCUUCACACCGUCAGUAAGUCCAGCAGUCUGGAGGAACUCACUCUGGAGAACGUUGGCCUCAAAUCAGAUUUCCCUCAGAAAAUGGCGACGGCUCUGUCAGAGAAUCCUGCCUCUGCGAUCCACUCUCUCAACCUGGCCCACAACAACUUGGACAACCAAGGAGUGUCCAACCUCAUCCAGCUGGUGUGUCGUCUCAACAAAGGCCUUCGUCUGCUCAACCUCUCCAAGACGUCCCUCUCCUCCAAGGGAGUAGUGUCUCUCUCCCAGGCCCUCUGCUCCAGUGAUGACUACUCCAACUCUCUCCUUCACCUGGACCUGAGCAAAAACCCUGGGAUUCUGUCUGGGGAGGACGCCACGAACAUGUACCUGUUCCUAGCCCAGCCAAACUGCCUGGUUCAUUUGGACCUCUCUGGGACCGACUGCACUGUGGACUCGUUAUUUGGGGCUCUGUUGAGGGGAUGUUGUGUUGAUCUCUCUUACCUGAAUCUCUCCAAGAACUGCUUCUCUCACAGGAAAGUGAGGGAGACUCUCCCUGUCUUCAGGCAGUUCUUCAGUUCAGCCUUCAGUCUUACGCACGUCAACCUGUCUUCUAUGAAGCUCCCUCCGGACACUCUGAGAGCUCUCUUCCUUGGCCUGUCUUCCAACCCUCACAUCAGUGACCUACACCUGGACCUCAGCUGCUGUGAGUUGAGGUCUGCUGGUGCUGGGGUGCUCCAGGAGCUGUUUCCCAGAGUGGCCUGUAUUGGUAGUCUGGACAUCUCAGACAACGGGUUGGAUGCUGAUCUGCUAGGGGUCAUCCCAGCCUUCUCCAGACACCCCUCCCUCAAACACUUGCUGCUGGGCAAGAACUUCAACAUCAAGGGCCGGGUGCUGGAUGAAAUUCUGCAGAAACUAGUGCAGUUAGUGCAGGAGGAAGAGUGUGCCCUGCAGUCCCUCUCUCUGGCGGACUCGCGCCUACGCUCUCGGGGCACAGUGCUGGUGAACGCUCUGGGCAGCAACACCUGCCUGCGCAAGGUGGACCUGAGUGGGAACAGCCUGGAGGAUGCGGGGGCUAAGAUGCUCAGCAAAGCCCUGCAGAUCAACACUACACUCAGGAGUGUGACGUGGGAUCGCAAUAACACCACGGCUACAGGAUUCCAAGAUGUGGCUCGGGCCCUGGAACAUAACUUCACCCUGCAUUACAUGUCCAUCCCCCUCAAUGAUGUCACACAGGCUUACCGGAGUGCCCCUGAGAAGAUUGACCAAGCGCUGACCAGGAUCCAGCGUGCUCUGUUGAGGAACAACCAGACCCAGAGGUUCUCUCAGAAACAGGCUCUUCGUCUGCACCAAGGCCUGGUCACCAGCACUGCUGAACAGGUGAUGGAGCGGCUGUGUGUGCGUGUGCAGCAGCAGGUGUGUGCUCUCCGAGGCUCAGAGGAAGGAGAGGAGCUGCAGGCUGCCAGACAGGUCCUGAAGGAGGCCAGAAACUCCCGUGCGCUCUAUCCAUCUCUGUGUGAGCUGGCCCAUGUUCUCUCAGUGGACGGGCCUGUCAGACAGAAACUGGACUCUCUAGCAGGAGAGCUGGCCAAGGCUGCUGACAAGGAGCUACAGGUGAUAGUGGACUCCAUGGUGUCUCUGUGUCGGGAGCUGUGUCCCAUGUCCUCCUCCUCAGCUGAGCGACUCAACCCUCCGCUCUCCUCCAUCUCAGAACGCGUCUCCAUCCCUCGCUCCACCAUCCGCACCGCCCUGAUGGAGAGAGCGGCACAGGACAUCAACAGAGCCCUGGAGGACGUGAAGCUGUCGGUGGUCUCCUAUCUGACCAACUCCAUAGUGGAUCAGAUCCUUCAGGAGCUCUACACCACUCACAAAACCCUACUGUGUCAGGUGUCCCAGGUGAAGCGUUUGGAUGACGCAGGGACAGGCAGACGCACCAUCAGACAAUCCAGAAUCACAGACUCACUGGACUUCCCCGACGAGGAAGGCCUGGGCAUGAACAUCGACACCAUCGCCAUCAAGAAACGUAGCUCCAGAACCAGAAGGAUUCGUCCAGUGUCAACCAGAUUGAGUCUUGGUGAUGAUCCCACCUCCUCCCCGCUUCACUCUGGCCCCCUAUCCCGCUCAGCAUCAUGGGAGGAUCUGUACACCCUGCCUACCCAGGGUGCACCACUGCGCCACGUGACACAGGUCAGGCCACGGCCCCCGCGAAGGCACUGUCGAGGUCAAGUCCCCGUGGAAACACACUGUUCAGAGAACGGAGGAGUCAACAUGCUGGAGGAUGGACUGCCUGAUUUCUUUACCAAGAGAGUCCUGCCUGACAGUCAGCUGUCACUACUCCAUCAAGCUCAGUCCCUGAGGAGGAAGAAGAGACGCAGUGUGCUGUCGAUCUUCUCCGGGUUCCGCAAGAAUCGCAACUCCACCAUCUCCAAUCAGGAAACAGAUAGUGGCUCAGAGAACGUGUACUCUAUGAUUCAGCACCCUAAGGAUCAUGGGAAGGGGGAGGCCAUCAUUGAGGUAGGAGCCAAUGGGAGGAUGAUGCCGUCCCCUAGGCCCAUUCAGGGCACACCACUGCAUGGGAUGAGGGGGGCCAGGCCCAGCCCCCACUGCCUCACACAGCGACAGCCUUCAGAUCUGAUCGGGAUGGUAUACAAUUGUAUCGGAGCAGAAGACGAGGACUCAGACAGUAGCUUUGAGAUCAGACCAGUGGACAGAGACACAGACAGACAGAAGGACCCACAGAUUGCAUCAGACACCCAGACAGAGUCCCGUGCCAAUGGACAUGCAAUGUCCUCCGCUUCUCUGACAGACAAACAGGCUGACAUACAGACUGACAUACAGACUGACAGACAGACUGACAGACAGACUGACAGACAGACUGACAGACAGACUGACAGACAGACUGACAGACAGACUGACAGACAGACAGAGCCAGUCAGUCAGGACCUGCCGAUGCCCAGCACUCAGACAGACACACAGACGGAGGUGGAGAGACGGACAAAGGAGACAGAGGGGACGGAGUCCAUGGAGAACAGGAAGGAGGGUGCCCCCUGUGGACAGAAACCAGAACCCCCUUCUCAAAGCAGCAAGCCCAACCUGGCCAGCAUUAAACAGAGACACCUGCAGGGAAGCUCCGAGAAAUCAACUGAUGGCAUCAGAUGGAUAGAGGGAGACAGGGUAGAAGAGGAGAAUAAUGAAAAGAGACGUGAGGGUGUGCAGAAAGACAGAGGGGCAGAGGGGCAGCGUCCCCCAUUCCUGAAAAGCCUGGUAAAGAUAAGACCUCUCCAAAGACACAGCCUGCUGUCACCCCGCCUGAGGAAACCACCAAUGAGAAGAAAACCACACCUCCUGUUCCACCUGCCUCUGCCAAGCCCUCUUUUGAUUUGUCUAAAGCUCCUGUCAGUCAAGAAGAAGGGACUAAUGAGAAGAAAAGCCUUCCUCCUGUGCCUCCUGCUUCUACCAAGCCUGUGUUUGAAUCUCCUGAUCAUGCUGGUUGUCAAGAUGAGGAGGGAGGAAGAAAUGGUUAUCCACUGAAGCCGCAUCGCAACAGGAAGGCAGACUCAUGUGACAUGGGCAUGGAACGGAAUAGCCCCAACGAUCUGGAUACGGGGUCCUCAGAUCGCAAACCCCCUGUGAAAAGACCCAGACUCCCAGAGAAAAGAAACAUAUCUCUGGACUUCCCCAGGAUUGUCUGUCCUGAGAGUCCAGAGCCCGCCAACGACAAUGGUAAGAUGUCAUCAUAACAACAACAGACAGGAGGCGAAGACAACAUUCUAGACAACUAGAGGGAGAGGAGGGUGAAGAGAUGGAGAGAAAAGGGACAUUAUGAACUUGAUCACCAUAGACCCAACUGUGGUUUUCCUCGUAUACAGUAUUAAUUUCCUUCAUAUUUACGAAACAUGCAUGUACUCUGCUUUUUUCCUCCCUCAUACUUAGUUGCACUUGCUUUCAUUCCUUUGCAGAGAACACACACACACACAUUUUUACCUUUAUAUUUUAGUCAUUUAGCCAACGCUCUUCUCCACACAGACACACACACACACACACAGAGAGGUCUCUGAGGGCCCUCUGGUAUUCUCAUGCCACUGUUAUUUCUUGCACUUCUUGUUGUACAAAAAGCUUUUAUCAUACUUCUUAUUCUCCCUAGUCUCUCUUUUAUUGACAAUCUGUGACACUGUUACUGUAAGAAUGAGUUGGUAUGUAUUCUAAACCAGUAUUAUGUAAUUAUUGAAUAUAAGUGAACAAACUGCACUAACCAUUGUUAUUGCCAAGUCAUUACAUGGUAACAGGUAACAUUCAUGUUUUUAUUUACAAUAAGGAUAAGAUGAAUGUGAGUGUGUUGCAAGGAUGUUUUUCCCAUUGAGAAGAUGUUAAUGACGUGUAUUGUUUAUCAUUAUUAUUAUUAUUAUUAUUAUUACAGUAAUCUAGUAGUUGGUCAAUAGAACAAUGGCUUUUAUUGGUCAAUAGAACAAUGGUUUUAUUCAUAUUUUACCGGACUGAAAUUAGUAUAUUUUCUAAAAAUGCUAAUAUAAUUCAUCAAUCAAUAAAAUUGACUUAACUAAAUGAACCAAACUGAUGAUGCACUAUCUCAGGUGAAAACAACCCUAACCUGACAUCUGCAUUAAGGACUCAUAUUUCUGUUGUGCAAGAUUAGGAUUUGACCCUCUGAAAAUGACAUUGAUGGAUUUUGGAGCAAUACUAUGGAGGGGGCAGCAGAGGGCGGUAAGUACGUAGAGCUGAGUGAUGAAACAGACUUGGAUGAAACACAAGUUAGAGGCACAGACUGUGCCUGAGCAAUGUCUGUAAAAAAUGUAUUUAAUAGAAUUGGUAGCGUCCAUUUGUUUGAAGUAGGCUUUAAAGGGAUUUCAACUGACAGACGGGCCAAGAAUACAUUAAUCAAUGAAUUAGGCAAAUAUUAAAUUGGCUGUGUUAAAAGUCCA